GCGGAUUUAAGGUUUUGCUUGAUUUUGGAUUUUAAAGAAAUAUAUAUCCCGAAUAAUGGAAGAUGUAUUAGUUUUAAAAGACUAUAAAACUGUCCCUGACAUCGUACAUGAGUAUGGGCCUACAUUAAAAUUUGGUCACAUACCUUUAGUUAUAGAUAAUGGUUCAUACCAGUGUAGAGUCGGUUGGUCAAUAUACGAUGAGCCACAUUUAAUUUUUAAGAAUUUAAUAGCCCGACCGCGUAAGGAUCGAUGUAAGAAAGAUGCCGAACCACCGGUCACUCCGCCUAUUCAAAUAGGAAACGAUAUUAUAAACAUCGAAGCGGUGCGGUUUCAGUUAAAAACUCAGUUUGAUAAAAAUGUAGUAACUCACUUUGAGGUACAAGAGCAAGUACUUGACUACAUUUUCUCACAUUUAGGCAUUGAUAGUGAAGGCAGUGUGCCUCAUCCUAUUGUUUUAACUGAAGCUUUUGUUACACCAAAUUACUGCAGACAGUUGAUGUCAGAGUUAUUAUUUGAGGGGUAUGGUAUACCUGCAGUCAGCUACGGAGUUGAUUCGCUGUUCAGUAUGUACAAGAAUAAUAUAGGAGACUCUGCUUUGAUUGUAAACUGUGGAUAUCACACAAUACAUAUCAUACCAGUUAUUAGAGGCAAAGUUAUUGCUCAUCAUGCUAGAAGAAUCAAUUUAGGUGGAAGUGAAAUCAUAUGUUAUUUACAUAAAUUACUACAGUUGAAGUAUCCAGUACAUGUGAAUGCAAUCACAAUGUCUCGUAUAGAGGAAAUCCUUCAUGAACACUGCUCAAUAGCUUUGGACUAUCAAGAAGAAAUAAGAAAAUGGGCAAACCCAGAUUACUAUGAAGCAAAUGUGAAAAGGAUACAGCUACCCUUUGUGCAGUCCACCAGUUCUUCGGGUCUUACAGCUGAGCAACAAAAGGAACGUAAGAGGGAAAUGGCCCGCAGACUUUUAGAGAUAAAUGCAAGGAAACGAGAGGAGAGGUUGGCUGAAGAUGAAGAACAGAUGAACCAGUUGCUUGCAUUGCAGGAAAUUAUGGAAGAUGGAGACACAGAUGAAUUCAACGAGGCUAUAAAAGGUUUCGACAUAAAGAACUAUGAAGAUCUACAGAGGCAAAUAUCAAAUGUGAACGCGCGCAUAGAGAAGAACAAGCAGCGCAUUGCGGCGGCGGCGGCGGCGGCCAGCGCGGGAGAGCUGCCGGAGCCCAAACCCUCGGGCCGUCUGCAGCCUCCUGCUGACCCUGACGCCUUCCAGACCUGGCUCAAUGACACGCGCGCCAAGUACCGCGAGGUGGUGCAGCGUCGCGAGGCUCGGCGCGCGCGUCGUGCGGCCAUGCUGCGCCGGCGCACCGCCGCCGCCGCAGAGCGCAUGCGCGUCAUCUCGCGUCUCACCGCCGCCGGAGACGACUUCGGUACGCGCGACUCAGACUGGGACGUCUACAAGAGCAUCAGCCGCGAGGCUGACUCGGACUCGGAGGCUGACGGCGAGCGUCUGCUGGAGCUGGAGGAGGCGCUGCGCGAACACGAGCCGCAGCAGACCAGCAGCCAGCACCACCAGCUGCAUCUCGCCAUUGAACCACUCAGAGCUGCAGAGCUAAUGUUCCAGCCGUCGAUGUUGGGCAACCUGGAGGCGGGGCUGGCGGAGACCAUGGAGUACGUGUUCAAGCACUUCAGUGCAGAGGACCAGCUGUUGCUGGCCAACAAUGUGUUCCUCACGGGAGGCUGCUCGCGGUUUCCAGGUUUGAAAGAGAGAUUAGAAAGGGAGCUGCUAGAAAUGCGUCCGUUCCAGUCCACUCACAAAGUGGUAAUGGCGAAAGAUGCAAGUUUGGACGCUUGGUAUGGAGCACGAGAUUUUGCGGGUAGUAACGAAUUCGAAAAGUACUGUAUUACGAAAGAGGAAUAUUAUGAGAUGGGAGCGGAGUAUUUGAAGGAGCAUCACGCAAGCAACAUUUAUUACAAAAGCCCGGCUCCGAUCAUAGACAAUACCCUGGCCCCGGCAGGGGACGCUAAUGUCGUCAAAGAAGAGAUUGUAGUAGACUGUUAA